UGCUGGAACAGGUGAUGCUUCAUCCAAGUCCUUAUUGAUAUCCUCUUGUUCCUCUUCCCUCUGACCCCGUUUGGAUUUAGUGUACGGGGUCGUUGGCCUGCCUCACACAAUUAACAUGACAGGAGAUGGUGACGGUGAGCGCUUCCUCUUCUUGGCACCGACGGCCUUCUUGUCUCUUCGCUCGUCAGGAGUGGUCACUUCGUCCAUCCAAAAUCCACUUUGCGUGAACCUGCAGACCAAGACAACACCUCAGCAUCCAGAAUUUAACACAAAGACUGAUGGUGAAGGGGUGACAGGCAGUGACGGUGGGUACACAGUGUAACCUUUCGAGUGGAGCCACAGGAGCGUGACGGCCAGACGCAAAGGAAUGAAUGCAGCUGUGAGGGCCACAGUUCGAAUGGGAAUACACACUGGAGCCAAAGUCUAUUUUGUCCAUGAGGGUUAUCAGGGCCUGGUGGACGGUGGAGACAACAUUCGGCCUGCUACUUGGGAAAGUGUGUCAAUGAUGUUGCAACUGGGUGGAACUGUGAUUGGAAGUGCCCGCUGCCAGGACUUCCGCACCAAGGAGGGUCGUACCAAGGCAGCCUAUAACUUGGUCAAGUUGGGCAUCACCAACCUGUGUGUCAUUGGAGGUGAUGGCAGUCUCACAGGUGCCAACCAGUUCCGAACUGAAUGGAGUGGGCUACUGGGAGAUUUAAUCAAAGCUGGGAAGAUCACAACAAAUGAAGCAAAGGAAUCGUCCCACCUCAACAUUGUGGGCAUGGUGGGUUCCAUUGACAAUGACUUCUGCGGCACUGACAUGACCAUAGGCACAGACUCCGCCCUGCAUCGCAUCAUGGAGAUAGUGGAUGCCAUUGCCACCACAGCACAGAGUCACCAGAGGACAUUCAUCUUGGAGGUAAUGGGGAGGCAUUGCGGUUACCUGGCCCUGGUGACCGCUCUGGCAUGUGCUGCUGACUGGGUGUUUAUUCCAGAGAUGCCCCCAGAAAAGGACUGGGAGGAGCAUCUGUGCAGAAGACUGACUCAGCAAAGGCAGCUUGGCAACCGCUUGCACAUUAUCAUUGUAGCAGAGGGAGCAAUCGACCUCAAUGGCCAACCCAUCAGCUGUGAGUAUGUCAGGCAGUUGGUGUCAAAAAGGCUUGGCUUCGACACCCGUACCACCGUCUUGGGCCAUGUGCAGAGAGGUGGAACACCCUCAGCCUUUGACAGAAUCCUGGCCAGCAGGAUGGGUAUGCAAGCAGUGAUGGCCCUGUUGGAGGCCACUCCUGAAACUCCUGCAAGUGUGGUCAGCUUGUCAGGAAACAUGGCUGUCAGACUGCCUCUUAUGGAGUGUGUGCAAGUGACAAAGGACGUCACCAAAGCUAUGGCUGAAAAAAGGUUUGAAGAUGCAGUGAAACUCAGGGGAAAGAGCUUCGAACACAAUUGGAACACCUACAAAAUGCUGUCCCACAUUCAUCCUCCAGAUACCAAGAGCAAUAUCAACAUAGCUGUACUAAACGUGGGAGCCCCGUGUGCCGGAAUGAACGCUGCGGUUCGUUCUGUUGUCAGAACUGGCCUACUCCAAGGUCACCAAAUGCUGGCAGUGCAUGACGGAUUUGAUGGCUUAGCCCACGGCCAGAUCGAGCCCAUGGGUUGGACCGGAGUAGCCGGAUGGAUUGGAAAGGGUGGCUCCCUCCUUGGUACUAAGAGAACCCUCCCAACUAAACUCAUGGAGGAGAUCAGUCUGAACAUCACCAAGUUCAACAUUCAUGCUCUUGUCCUUAUUGGAGGCUUUGAGGCAUUUGUUGGGGGUCUGGAGAUGGUGCAGGCUAGACAGAACUUUGAAGAAUUCUGCAUCCCUCUCGUCAUCAUUCCUGCUACUGUGUCAAACAAUGUUCCUGGUUCUGCCUUCAGUAUUGGCUCAGACACUGCUCUUAACACCAUAACCUCUUCCUGUGACCUGAUUAAGCAAUCAGCAGCUGGUACCAAGCGAAGGGUGUUCAUUGUUGAGACUAUGGGAGGAUACUGUGGCUACCUGGCAACCAUGGCAGGCUUAGCAGCUGGAGCUGAUAAUGCUUACAUCUUUGAGGAACCUUUCAACAUUAAGGACCUGAAGAUGAAUGUGGAGCAUCUGACAGAGAAGAUGAAGACAACAGUGAAGAGAGGUCUCAUUCUGAGAAAUGAGAAAUGCAAUGAAAACUACACCACGGAUGUUCUCUUCAAUCUGUACUCCGAGGAGGGAAAGGGUAUAUUUGACUGUAGGAAGAAUGUACUCGGACAUAUGCAACAGGGCGGAACCCCCAGCCCCUUUGAUAGGAAUUUUGCGACGAAAAUGGGGAUCAAGUCUAUUUUAUGGUUGACCGACAAACUGAAGGAAUGCUAUCGACAUGGCCGCAUCUUCGCCAAUUCUCCAGAUUCUGCGUGUGUGCUGGGCAUGAAGAAGAGGUCUUUGAUCUUCCAGCCUCUGACAGAGCUGAAAGAGAAUGUCGACUUUGAACACCGUAUUCCAAAGGAACAAUGGUGGAUGAGGCUGAGGCCCGUUUUAAAAAUCCUGGCCAAGUAUGAUGCCCGCCUGGACACGACCAAUAUUGCGGAAAUGGAGCACGUCAUCAAGAAGAAAGGCCAAGUUCCUCACUAGUUUUUUGCAUGUAGUUAUUCUUGCCAACAGAACUCUUCCUGACACCUGUGUUAGCUGUUGCUCUCAAAAAUUGCAGCUUCAAUA